AACAGCAAAUUCUUAAACUUAAAAAAUUGGCAGGCGAAGCAUCAACAUUAGAACCCGAUCCAUUAGACUCUGAAGAGCACGUAUUGAAACGUAACCAACAUGUUCUAAAAUCGGGUGCUAUCAGCGUUUUAAAUAUGCUGGCAAAGAGCUCGAGUCAGAUAAUUCGACAAUCUGUGGCCCAGGUUUUUCUUAAUCUUUCAACCGAUCAAAAAAAUCGUGGUGCAAUCGUUCAACAAGGUGGUGUAAAGUCAUUAAUACCGUUAGCAACAAACGGGACACAAGAGGGAACUGGUUUCGCGUCACAAGCGUUGGCAAAGAUUGCAAUCACGAUGGAUCCCUCUCUUGCAUUUAGGGGAGAAAGAGCGGUAGAACUAAUAAAACCGUUCUUAACCCUAUGCAAGAGUGAGAAUGAACUUUGUCAAUUCGAAGCACUUAUGGCGUUAACGAAUCUUGGAAGUGUUGAUGACCAUGUGAGAACGAGAAUCGUUGACGCUAAAGGAAUACCAACCAUUGAGAAUCUGCAAUUUUCGGAUAAUACCAUGAUUAGACGUGCGGCCACGGAAUGCCUUUGCAACAUGAUGUUUUGUGAACCGGUAUAUGAAAUGUACAGCGACCCAAACAAAUCCGCGAACAAAAUAAAAAUUUUAUUGGCAUUAUCUGAUGUCGACGAUUUUGAAACUCGACGCGCAUCCAGUGGUGCCCUCGCCAUUCUCUCGACUAGUCCUGAGGUGUGUCGUAUGAUAGUAGAUCGACCAAGGGGAAUCGAGGUUUUACUUUUGUUGCUAAAUGAAGAGUCGCCGGAAUUACAACAUCGAAGUGCUGAAUGUAUUAAAAAUAUUGCUAAAGUUGAACAGAAAUUGGCCGAAUCGCUGGUUAACAAUAAAGUGGAUGAGCGCUUAAUUAAAAUGAUGAAGGAUAGUAAAGUUGAAGCUGUGAUAAUGACAGCUGCGGAAGCUUUAAAAGAGAUGGCAAAAUAUGGUAUCUUGAAGAAAGAGAUUACAGAAUUAGUCAAGAAAUAA